AGCGAAGCUGAGAGUGAUGUAGAGAAGGAGGGUGCAACAGAGAACGCAAAGCAAAUUCAAUACCGUCGAGGCGACAGAACUCAGUGCUGUACUGGGGAUCUGAGAGCCAGCUAAUUCAAUACAGUCUAGUAUAGAGAACUCAGUGCUGUACUGGGGAUCUGAGAGCCAGCUAAUUCAAUACAGUCUAGUAUAGAGAACUCAGUGCUGUACUGGGGAUCUGAGAGCCAGCUAAUUCAAUACAGUGUAGUGUAGAGAACUCAGUGCUGUACUGAGGAUCUGAGAGCCAGCUAAUUCAACACAGUCUAGUAUAGAGAACUCAGUGCUGUACUGGGGAUCUGAGAGCCAGCUAAUUCAAUACAGUCUAGUAUAGAGAACUCAGUGCUGUACUGGGGAUCUGAGAGCCAGCUAAUUCAAUACAGUCUAGUAUAGAGAACUCAGUGCUGUACUGGGGAUCUGAGAGGCAGCUAAUUCAAUACAGUCUAGUAUAGAGAACUCAGUGCUGUACUGGGGAUCUGAGAGACAGCCUAUUCAAUACAGUGUAGUGUAGAGAACUCAGUGCUGUACUGGGGAUCUGAGAGCAGCUAAUUCAAUACAGUACCAGCAGACCUGUCUCAGAGGGGGGAUGGACGGUACUUGUAACAGCAGCGGCAGGGAGCAGCUGGGUCUGGGCUUCACCAUCGACUACCUGCUCUACGACAAGGGCAAGAACACAGGUUCAAAUAAAGAACAGGAGGGGGAGGCGCUGGGAAGAGAGACGCUGAAACCCUCCCCCGGCCCCAGCGCCAGCCCGGCCCGAAGCCCCCCUCCAGAGCGGGGAGACGGGGGUCCCUCGGAGGAGCAGCAGGGGGAGAGGCACGACAAGCCAGCGCAGUCCUACAUCGCUCUCAUCGCCAUGGCGAUCCUGGAGUCCGAGGACAAGAAGCUGCUGCUCGGUGACAUCUACCAGUGGAUCAUGAACAAGCACUCUCACUUCAGAAGCAAGGAUAAGAACUGGCGCAACAGCGUGCGGCACAACCUGUCCCUGAACGAGUGCUUUGUGAAGGCCGGCCGCAGCGACAACGGCAAGGGCCACUACUGGGCCAUCCACCCGGCCAACUACCAGCACUUCAGCCAGGGAGACUACCAGCGCCGCCGGGCCCGCAGACGCAUCCGCAGGGCCACGGGGGGGCUGGGGUACCCCCUCCCUCUCCCACUGCACCUCCCGCCCUGCUGGUGCUGCCUGCCCUGCCCCCCCAGCCGCCUGUACUGGAGCUGGGGGAUCCCGUCUGUGCACAGGCCCGGCCCCACGCAGGCCUUCCUAUAGGAGCUGUGCAGGCAUCGCUGCACCAACACAGGGGGCUACACCGGUACUGCUCUAGAGGCUCUGCAGACAUUCCUACAGGGGCGAUACAAGCCAGCCCCACUGCAGACACUCCCGUACA